CCCAAUCAUUUGGUAGCCGCGCGAAAGCAGACGCGCUACGCCAUCCGAGUCCUGGCUCUCGUAUUGCUUUCCCUGAGCCUGCUCCCAUUCUGGUACAGCUCCCUCGACGCGCCCACCGGCUCUGUUCCGCAGAAUGCCAAUGAAAUAUUGGCCAAAUGCCGCGCUCUAAGUCUCGCUCCGGGUCCUCCCGCUGAGUUCCACAAGCGAACCGUGUCCGACAGGUUCGACCCGCGUCUCGGUGGGAAGCCUGUUCUCAUCCGGAACGCCACGAUAUGGUCCGGAAAGAAAGUUAUCUCGGGGGAUAUUCACCUGGAUAAGGGUGUCAUAAGAGCUGUGGGGAACGUGAACGCGCUGGAAUUGGAUGAGACGGAAGUGGUGGAGGCGAAUGGAGCAUGGGUAACCCCCGGCAUAGUCGAUCUACAUUCUCAUGUGGGCGUCGAGCCCAUGCCUAAUCUCGCUGGUGCAGCGGACGGCAAUUCAUUCCACGGGCCCAUUCUCCCUUGGCUGCGCUCCCUUGAUGGUCUCAACACGCAUGAUGAUGUAUAUCGCCUCGCAGUCUCGGGUGGGGUCACAACUUCGCUCAUCUUGCCUGGAUCGGCGAAUGCUAUUGGUGGUCAGGCAUUUGUGAUAAAGUUGAGGCCGACGAGCGAGAGGUCGCCAGAGGCCAUGCUUGUGGAACCGCCGUUCGGAAUCAAUGGAUCGGACGUGGACCCGACAGCGCGGCCUAGGUGGAGGCAUAUGAACUUGCGUGCUGCUCUCUUAAUUAUGCCGCCAGCCCGUGUCUACUCGCAAACACGUAUGGAUACCGUAUGGCAAAUGCGGCAGGCUUACGAAACUGCACGGAAACUCAAAUCCGCGCAGGAUACCUACUGCAAGAGUGCGCUCGCCGGCACCUUCCCCGCUUCACCGUUCCCAGAGGAUCUCCAGUGGGAGGCGCUCGUGGACGUACUCCGGGGACGGGUGAAGGUACAGACGCACUGUUACGAGGCAGUCGACAUCGAUGCGUUUGUUAGGCUGUCGAACGAGUUCCAAUUCCCUGUCGCAGCCUUCCACCACGCGCAUGAGGCCUACUUAGUGCCCGAGGUACUGAAGCGGGCAUAUGGGCACACGCCUGCGAUCGCGAUGUUCGCCACCUUCUCGAGGUACAAGCGCGAGGCCUACCGGCACUCCGAGUUUGCUCCGAGGAUACUCGCAGACGAGGGCGUGGACGUCGUCAUGAAGAGCGACAAUCCUGGCAUCGUCUCGCGAUUCCUCUUGCACGAGGCACAGCAGGCACAUUACUGGGGCCUGCCAGCGGAUGUCGCACUGAAGUCGGUAACGAGCACCCCCGCGAGGGCUAUGGGGCUCGACCAUCGGCUCGGCUUCAUCAAGCAAGGCUAUGACGCUGACAUUGUAUUAUGGGACACACACCCCCUCCAACUGGGCGCAACUCCCAUGCAGGUAUGGGUGGACGGAAUCCCGCAGCUCACUCGUCUAGAUCACCUUCCAGUCCAUAGUUCACCGCCCUCUGCACCCAGAACGCCCAACUUCGACAGGGAAGCGAAGGAGACUUUGCGCUAUGAGGGGUUGCCGCCUUUGGAACCGAGGAGCGUCUGGGGCCGGGUGGUAUUUACGAACGUGUCGAGUACUUGGGCCGGGGAUGAGAUGAAACUAAAUGUCGCGGGCGGGACGGUAGUAGUCGAGGACGGGCGUAUCGUUUGUUCUGGGCUUGAUUGUGACCGCUCAGUUUACAAGGGCACGGAGGUGGAAGUGGUUGACCUGGAGGGUGGCACUCUCACCCCCGCGCUCGUAGCUGCAGGCACGGCUCUUGGUCUGCAAGAAAUUGCGAUGGAGCCAUCGACAACGGAUGGGUCGGCGCCGGACCCUUUUGGACUAGGCAUCACUAAUAGAGUGGGGGAGGAGGGAAUACUGGCGAAGGCCGUGGACGGGCUACAGUUCGGUACGCGGGAUGCCCUAUUGGCGUACCGCUCAGGUGUUACUACGGCUAUCACUGCUCCACUCGCGGCAGGAGGGAUAAGCGUCUCGUUCUCGCUUGGGGCUGAGCACAAGCUCCAGCGAGGCGCUGUGGUUCAGGCGGAGGCUGCGCUGCAUGUAGAGAUCGACCAUUCCAGUGCUGUGCCUAGUGUGAGCACCCAAAUCGCUGCUCUGCGCGCCUUGUUGCUGGGUAAAGGGGAGGGGAUGUCCGGCGAAGCUUUCAAGCGGGUUGCAGAGGGACGAUCGACGCUCGUGGUGAAGACCAACAGUGCAGACACCAUCUCCUCGCUAUUGCUUCUCAAGCGCGAAGUGGAGGCGGAAACCAGGACUCCGAUAAAGCUCACCUUGCUCGGCGCCAGCGAAGCCCAUCUCCUUGCUCCUGAGAUCGCCGACGCAGGUGUGGGUGUUGUUGUGGCUCCUGUAAGGUCCGCGCCGUAUACUUGGGACCAGAGGAGGAUUUUGCCUGGCCCCCCUCUUACAGAGGACAACUUGAUCACAACCUUGUUCAAGCACAAUGUGACCGUAGGCAUAGCUCCUCAGGGGGUCCUUGGGGAGCGAGUCAUGAGCACCUGGGCUGCUCGGAACGCCAGGUUCGACGCUGCUUGGAUUUCGCUAGCGUCUGGCGGGGUCAUCAGCAAGUCCGACGCACAUGCGAUGGCGUCCAGGAACAUCGAAAAGCUGCUGGGCGUGGAGAGUAGCCCUAUUUUGCGUGACAUAGUUGCUACCAAGGGAGGCGAUUUGCUGUCUUUCGAAGGGAAGGUCGUUGCUAUCAUCUCGCCUCGAAGAGGUGUGGUGGAUGUGCUGUGA